AUGUCGUUUUCCAAAAUUAUGGGAGUGAAUCACUCCUUUUUCGUGCAAUUUUGGAAUUUGUUCACGAAGAAUUUGACAAGUGGAGUGAUUUGACGUUUGCUUUGCAUGUGUUUGUAAUACGAAAUAAUGAAUAAAAUAAUAACACAAUCUUUUAAAUUCACUUUUAGUGAUUUUUUACAAUACUUUAUUGAAUUUUUUUGUAAAUAAAUAUAAUUUCCUUCACAAAAAAAAGUUAAAACAACCACCCAACAAUUUGACAAGCAGUCCAUGAAGUCAAAUGUAGAAGUAUUGGUAAUCACUCCGUCACUCCUUCAAAAUUUUGGGAGUGAAGAAUUCACUCCAAAAAUUCACUCCUUUUUCAAUUUUGGAAUUUGAAAUCACUCCUUUUGGAGUGAUUAUAUAGCUAGGAGUGUCACUCCUUGAAUUUUGGAAAACGACAUUAAUUAAAAAAUUGCAAAACCAUGUCCCUUCUAGUUCUUGGAGAAGCUUCCGAAUCUGAAGAAGAAACUAUUGUUGACAGACCAAUUGUUUAUGCCAAAGCUGUUGCAGGUGAAGCAGCAGAAUCUGAUGAAGAUGUCUAUGAUAAAAACGAUAACCAUCAAUCUAUAGAAGCCAACAACCGGACAAUCAAUAAUAAUGAAUUCUUUCACAAGAAACUUGUUGAAUCCAAUAUAGCUCUUUGGAAAAACCUAAAUAAUCUCAUACGUAACGUUGUACUAUCUGCCUCCAAACAGUUACUAAGUGCUGAUCAAAUUCUCAUGAAAUCACAGGUUUCAAUGCAAUCAGCACUUUCUUCAGUCAAAGGCAUUCAAACAAAUGUUAAACAAUUAAAAGACAAGACCGAAGACAUUCUAACGGCGAACUUUAUUCCCCAAAUAAAUAUUUAAAUACAAACCAACAAAUUUUGUUUUUUCUUUUU